GGAAUUAAAAAAUGAAUUGGAGAAAGUUAUGCAAAAUUCAUCAUUUAAGGAUGGGUUAAUUUUCUGUCUCAGAUCUAGGGUAAGAAAUCUGGAAGAUGAACUAGAUCAGAUCAUUUUGCAAUCACAUCAGUUAAUUAAUGAUUCAAAAAUAGGUAGUGCAGAAGUAGAUACAGUUUCAUUAUCCAAUGAUUAUGCUUUAGCGUCUUUGGCUAAGCGAGGUGAAGCAGUAGAAGAGGUAUCCCAUUUUUCUUCAUACUGCUCAGAGUCUGAACCUGAUGAAAGCAAAGUAAAAGAUGAGAUAGAGUCCCAAGAAGACCAUAUUCAUGUUGAUUAA